GUUUGCUGACUAAGAUGGCGACUGAGGCGCAGAGUGAAGGGGAGGUGCCAGCCCGCGAGUCCGGCCGGAGUGAUGCCAUCUGCAAUUUUGCUAUCUGCAAUGACUCGUCCCUUCGAGGUCAGCCCAUUAUCUUCAAUCCUGACUUUUUCGUGGAGAAACUCCGACAUGAGAAACCUGAGGUGUUCACCGAGUUGGUGGUCAGCAAUAUCACAAGGCUCAUUGAUUUACCUGGAACUGAGUUGGCUCAGCUCAUGGGAGAAAUGGACCUUAAGUUGCCUGGUGGGGCCGGCCCAGCAUCAGGAUUCUUCCGGUCUCUAAUGUCUCAUAAGCGAAAGGAAAAAGGAGUGGUAUUUGGAUCCCCACUGACGGAGGAAGGCAUUGCCCAGAUAUACCAACUGAUUGAAUAUCUACACAAAAACUUGCGAGUAGAGGGUUUGUUUAGAGUACCAGGGAAUAGUGUCCGACAGCAGAUUUUAAGGGAUGCUCUCAAUAAUGGAACUGAUAUUGACUUGGAAUCAGGGGAGUUUCACUCAAAUGAUGUUGCCACCUUGCUGAAGAUGUUUCUAGGAGAGUUACCUGAGCCCCUGCUGACACAUAAACAUUUCCAUGCACACCUCAAGAUUGCUGAUUUGAUGCAGUUUGAUGAUAAAGGAAACAAAACCAAUGUACCGGAUAAGGAGCGGCAAAUUGAGGCUCUUCAGUUACUCUUCCUCAUUCUUCCUCCACCCAAUCGUAACUUGCUGAAAUUAUUGCUUGAUCUCCUGUACCAGACAGCAAAGAAACAAGAUAAGAAUAAGAUGUCUGCCUAUAACCUUGCCCUUAUGUUUGCGCCCCAUGUCCUGUGGCCAAAAAAUGUCACUGCAAAUGACCUUCAAGAGAAUAUCACAAAAUUAAACAAUGGGAUGGCUUUUAUGAUUAAACACUCCCAGAAACUUUUUAAGGCUCCUGUUUAUAUUCGGGAAUGUGCCAGAUUGCACUAUUUGGGAUCCAGAAGUCAAGCACCAAAGGAUGAUCUUGAUCUAACAGCUUCAUGUCAUUCUAAGCCCUUCCAACUAGCAAAAUCUCAGAAACGGAACCAGGUAGAUUCCUGCUCUCAGCAGGAGGAGACCCAGCAGCGUACGGAAGAGGCACUGAGAGAGCUGUUCCAGCAUGUUCACAAUAUGCCAGAGUCAGCAAAGAAGAAACAGCUUAUCAGACAGUUUAAUAAACAAUCUGUGACCCAGACACCACGGCAGGAACCUUAUACUCCCCGGGCACAGAAGAGGGCCCGUUCACGUUCCUUCAGUGGCCUUAUUAAGCGGAAGGUACUGGGAAAUCAGAUGAUGUUGGAAAAGAAAAACAAGUUCGAUACUCCGGAAUCUCUAGUCAUCGGUGAAUUGAAGAGAACCAGCAAAGAAAAUAUGAACUUAUUAUAUUCUGGCUCUCCAGCUGUCACAGUGACACCAACAAGAUUGAAAUGGUCUGAGGGGAAGAAAGAGGGGAAAAAAGGAUUCCUCUGAAGGAUCCAGAGUUCUCCAAUUGUCCACCCGGAAUUUUCUCUUUUGUGGGCCAGGUGUCAUUUCUGCUCACAGAGAAGCUUGGACUUGGAGCUCGCUUGCUGCAUUUUGAAUUAUGCAAGUCAACUAAUCCUCUGACCUGGCUGAUACCUCUAACCCUGCUCACUGGAUGGUGUCUGCAGGCUCUGCCUUCUGAACCAGUGCUGGCAAAUCUGCCUCUCACGUGCUUUUUUGUUAAUAUUGUGGGGAAACCACUAACCAGCCAACCAGCUUACAUAGCACAGUAAAUGGGCAGAACCAGGUAGACUCCAGUGCUCAUUCCAUGUGUUUGUUUAGGCACAUUCUACUUUUUAAAAAUAUGAAAUCUGUGCUCAACUGCCAGUGAUUUUUAAAAAAUACUAUCAAUCCUAGGAGAUUGAUGUUAUUUUUAACUGAUAUUUUGGGCUUUUCUCUGUUUUGAUAGUGUCAGGGGGUAUUUUGGUUAUUGUUUCUUGUCUAUUUGUUGUUUGUUAAUUUUUUCGUUAAAAGCCAUUUUUUUGGAUAGGUAAUAUAAAUGGACUCUAAGCCAGGUGUCUUUCCCUUCUUGUUUACUUUAAGCUUUUAUCUCAUGAGGCUGUAUUCCUUAAUACCUUAUUUGUGUCCAAAGAAUUUAUAGCUUUCCUGGAAAUGUUUUAUGUCUUGGGCCUGAGAUCGCAGGGUAUUUGGCCUGCAGUAUUGAAAAAGGAGAAUUCAGAAUGAUACAAUAUUUUAACAAAUGGCAGUUAUUAAACUGUGUUCCUCCCUCCCCACCCCCCUUCCCUUUCUUCAGUGAUGCCAAAAUAAUUGUGUGGUUGCUGAACUUGUUUCCUUCAUUCAGUUUCCUCACACCUAAAACAUCUCUGGUGCCAAAACUUCUGUGGCAAAUUACUGUGACUCAAGGAAAGUCACUGACAGCUUAAUAGAGGUUUGCUGAAAUAUCUGUAUGUAGUGGAAGCUCUGGAGUGUGACUAGGAUGGGGCUGGCGGGCUUUAUGUCCAGGACGACUCCU